AUGAUAUCCAAUGUUGGUCUAGAUAUUCUUCGCUCUACACGAAAUUAUGAUGAACAAAAAAUGCUACGAAUUGCAUCAAAGCGUUCUAGUAAAAAUCUUCUAAUAUCUGAUAUUCGCCGAUCUGGUGAUGAUAAUGAAGGCAGCAGGCGUUUUUUUAUUGAGACGGGUGAUAUUGAUGAUAUCGAAUGGAUCGAUGCCUAUCCUAAUGCGAACCGUAUUGCUCUUGAAAAUCGUAAAGACAUGCAACAUUGGUUGACUAAAAUAUCCCUCGGCAAACUACUCGACGAAUUAGACUAUGGAUAUAUUGAUCGGAUCGCUUUUACUUCAGAUGAAAAUCGAAGUACGAUUAAAAGCUACGUGAAAAAGGCCAUUGCUGAUCAAACUGCACUUCCAUUGGUCACAGCUUAUACAGAAGGGUCAUCUUUUUUUCCUCAUAUUAAUCGUGAUUUAGCAAAGCUGGGUUCUGAUUUUCGGUUUGAAGUUGCUCGUGCUUUACUACAAUUAGGUUAUCGAGACGAUGAAGCACCGAAAGGUAUGGGAGCACAUAUAUACGCUGCAAUUCUCAUCUAUCAUCCAAGCCUUCAGCCUUACUAUUAUAGUGGCAGAACUUUUCGAGGAAUGAAUAUCACAUCUGAUGAUCUCGAGUGCUAUGUUAUUGGAAAGAUAUUCAUGACUCGAUCAUUUCUUUCUACAACGAAAAAUCGUCAAGUCGCAGAAAUGUUUCAUGAUGUAUCAGAUAGAGAAAUGCAUCAUCCUGUCAUCUGUAUUUACAAUACUCUCAAUACACAUUCAAGCCGUAAUAUAGCUCAGCUAAGCAAAUUCGAAUACGAAGAAGAAGUUCUUAUUCUUCCAUUUGUUAUUUUUCGUGUCAAUACGAUUCGCCAAGUUGCUACAGAUCAUGGUGCAAAUAGAUGGGAAAUUGAACUUGAGGAAAUGAGCUAG